CUAUUUUGUCAGCGGUUUUGUAUAUCGAAAAGGCAAGGCAAAUUCUAAUUAGCCGGCUCCCUCUUGAAGCCAACCUAGUCUUCAGUUCUAGCCUGGCGAUCCUUUUCUCUUGAGCGGAAGCUAAAAUGCCAACUCUAUCCCCACCCGAGCUUCCAGAAGGACUCGGAUUAGAAGGUUACAUCAUCCUCGCCGGUACACUUAUAAUACUUCUUCAAUUGGUUGUCUCCCCUUUGCUGAAGAUACUUGGGUUCGGCAAGAUUGGAAUUGUUGCAGGAUCCAUUGCAGCUAAGGUUCAGUCUCUUUUGCGGAUCGUAGUCUCAGGAAGCAUUUUUGCCAUUUUACAGAGUGCCGGAAUGGGCGGAUAUGGAGCAAAAGUGAUUGCCGACGUAUUGACGGUUGCUGGACUUUUGACUGUGUAUGUUGGUGUUGUGCUUGCCGCUUGGUCGAAGUGGAAGACUGGAUCAUGAUGGGCUUCACCGGUUUCCUCGCGCUUUGUCCUUGUUGGAUGAUUGCAUCCAAUAAUUUUUAAUGCGUGAUAUGUCCAUGUUAUUUUGAACCAUUUACAUCGCGUGUUUAAGGCCAUAACUGCGCUUUCUUGCGGAUGAUCAGCUGUGGUUAUGCAAAAACCCCGCCAACAGUACCAGCAGGUAAAAAGCAGCAAGCCC